GUGUGUGUGUGUGUGUGUGUUCAUGUGUGUGAGUGUCACCACUUUUCUCCGACAUUCCAGCGCAGAGAUGUCGAGCUCGGCUGCAGACGCGCAGAAGUGCAGAUCCGAAUCGGAACUUUGUUAGGAGAGGAGCAAACAGAUCCCCUCCACUGAAGUUCCAGCCCUCGCUUCUCGCCGCGCCUUCGUUGCACCGGGGAAUUGAAGAAAUACGCGGGGGAUUCGAUCUCUACCCGGGUGGUUUCCUGAAAAGCAUCCUCUGGUUUCCAGGCACAGUUUCCUCUUGUGUCUUCUAGUCUCCAUCGCGCCGCUUUCAACUUCAGACUGACGGCUGGUAGAGUUUGGAGAGGAAACAAAAGGACGAGGUCAUAGUGUUGCGACAGCACUGAGCGAGACGCUGGCUCCUGUGAAGAUGGCCGACGAGGUGCAGCUGGACGCGAACAGCCUGCAGAUACCGAGUGAAGACUCGUCAGUGCCGUCGUCGCCGGCUACAACCAGAAACGAGUGCAGCAUCGCACCCCUCACACCUUCGCCCUCGCCGAGAGUGGAGGUCAGACCCAGGAUGGCCUGUCCAUUCUCCGUUGUCGUGGCGAUAGACUUCGGGACGACCUCUAGCGGCUACGCGUUCAGCUUCACGCACGACUCCGAGGCGAUUCACAUGAUGAAGCGCUGGGAGGGCGGGGACCCUGGCGUGGCCAAUCAGAAGAGCCCCACGUGCCUGUUGCUGACCCCCGACCUGCGCUUCCACAGUUUCGGAUUCGCCGCCAGGGAUUUUUAUCAUGACCUGGACCCGGACGAGGCCCGGCAUUGGCUCUACUUUGAUAAAUUUAAAAUGAAGAUCCACAGUACGAGUGACCUCACCAUGGAAACGGAGCUGGAGGCGGUCAACGGUCGCAGGGUCAGGGCCAUCGAGGUGUUUGCUCACGCCCUGCGCUUCUUCAGGGAACACGCUCUGAAGGAGGUGAAGGACCAGUCGUCGUCGGUGCUGGAAGGGGAGGAGAUAAGAUGGGUGAUCACCGUCCCCGCUGUGUGGAGACAACCUGCCAAGCAGUUCAUGAGAGAGGCCGCGUAUCUGGCUGGUCUGGUGCCGGCGGACUGUCCAGAGCAGCUCCUCAUUGCCCUGGAACCAGAGGCCGCGUCCAUUUACUGCCGCAAGCUCCGUCUCCACCAGGUGCUUGACCUGAGCCUGCAGCCGGUCACCAACGGCCUCGACCCCAGCGGGUCCCAGUCCUUCGACUCCAGCUUCAGACAAGCGCGGGAGCAACUGAGGCGAUCGCGGCACAGCAGGACGUUCCUGGUGGAGAGCGGAACAGGAGAGCUGUGGUCUGAGCUGCAGACCGGCGACAGGUAUAUUGUUGCAGACUGUGGGGGAGGAACCGUGGACCUGACGGUCCAUCAGAUCGAGCAGCCGCAGGGAACGCUCAAGGAGCUCUACAAGGCUUCGGGUGGGCCCUACGGCGCCGUGGGCGUGGACCUGGCCUUCGAGGCCAUGCUGUGCCAGAUCUUCGGCGAGGACUUCAUCCAGAGCUUCAAGGCCAAGCGGCCGGCGGCCUGGGUGGACCUCACCAUCGCGUUCGAGGCGAGGAAGCGGACGGCGGCACCGGGCAGAGCCAACGCCCUUAACAUCUCCCUGCCCUUCUCCUUCAUCGACUACUACAAGAGGCACCGGGGGCAGAGCGUGGAGGCCGCUCUGAGGAGGAGCAACAUGAACAUCGUGAAGUGGUCGUCUCAGGGGAUGCUGCGUCUCACACAGGAAGCCAUGAACGAGCUCUUCCAGCCCACUAUAGUCAAUAUAGUCAAACACAUCGAGGAGCUGAUGGCGAAGCCCGAGGUGAGUGGUGUGCGGUUUCUCUUCCUGGUGGGAGGUUUUGCAGAGUCGCCCAUGCUGCAGAAGGCCGUCCAGAGGGCCCUGGGGCGGACGUGCCGCAUCAUCAUUCCCCAUGACGUUGGUUUGACCAUCCUGAAGGGCGCCGUGCUCUUUGGACUGGACCCCACCGUGGUCCGGGUGCGUCGAUGCCCCCUGACCUACGGCGUGGGCGUCCUGAACCGGUUCAUCCCGGGCCGCCACCCUCGCGACAAGCUCCUCGUCAAGGACGGCCGCGAGUGGUGCACCGACAUCCUCGACCGCUUCGUCUCCGUGGACCAGUCGGUGGCCCUGGGCGAGGUGGUGAGGCGGAGCUACACGCCCGCCCGCGUGGGCCAGCGGAAGAUCAUCAUCAACAUCUACUGCAGCGCCACGGACGACGUCACGUACAUCUCCGACCCUGGCGUCAGGAAGUGCGGCGCGAUAACUUUAGACCUAGCAGAGCCGCUGCCGCUUCCGGGAGCCGUGGGAGGAGCGGGAGGAGGAGCCCCGGACAGGAGGGAGAUCAGGGCCACCAUGCAGUUUGGAGACACGGAGAUAAAAGUCACCGCCGUGGAUGUCGUGUCUGACCGCUCCGUCCGGGCCUCCAUAGACUUCCUGUCUAACUGAGGAGAAUCAGGAAGAGGAGGCAAACUCAAAAAUAGCUCAUAAUUGGAGAAAGAUGCGGUACUGUGCACAAAGUCUCUUCUCAACACUCAGACAAUCUACUCAUUAGUGCAGAUGAUGAGCACGAAAGGCACAUUACAGAGUCUUAACAUGACUGGAGAGUGAGGUGCCGGGGAUGUGCCCAGAAAAGGAGAACUGUCUGGCUACAGAGAAGAGGUUGUGACAUGACAUAACAUCGUCCCAGGCGUUUCCUGCUCAGUGUGAAAGCGACACCAGCACCAUGAAACCAACACAGGAUGUUACCUGGAAGAGUGAUGAACUCUUGCUUUCCUCAAAUACUAAUUAUUACCUCAUUUAAGUAUUUCACUAUAUACAUUUGAGAUAUUACUACUUGCACUGUAACUUUAUGGAACCUGGUUAUAAUUGGCGCCACCAAGUGUUAAAAGGGUUAAGCUACAAGCUAAAAGGGACCUAUCCUGUCACUGUGCAAGUGCAUCAUGUUUCUAUCAUUUAUCCCAGAGCUUUACCUGUUCAAAACAAGGAUUUAAGCAGCAUUUACUAAAGCAGGUGAAAAUGUGUACACUUGACUCAACAGCGCAGCUUGUGAUUGGAUUUCUGCAGAAAAAGCAAUGAUGCAUUGGCAGAAACAUAAUAGUUUGUUCCUGUAGUAUACUGGACAUGCAUAUAAACAACAUCAACAACACCAGUCUCACUGACCCAAAUGUGUUUGUUCCGACCUCGAGUCCAGUCUGUCUUUCAACCGCAUUGGUUCCGAGACAUACGUUUUUCAAAACAUAAAAUGCUAAUGGUGCCAAAAUAACUAUUUAACAUGAGCUAACAAGUUCAACUUCUACAUUUACUGCAUGUUUAAUUUCUACACAAACGACUUCAGUUAGUUUGAUUUAAGCUGUGAAUUUAUUGUUAACAAUGAACCAAUAAAUAGCUUCACGCAGCGUAA